AUGUCGUCCAAAUACAAAGACAAGGAUGGGGGUGUUGUCCUCCGUUUCGGAGGGCAGUGGGUGAGUUGGGCGCACACUGCCGUCGCCUACACCGCCUUCCUCAGCGCCUUGGUGGUGGGCGUCGCCCUGCACUACCACAAGAUUGUGCAGAACGAGUUCUACGGAUAUCCCGACGAGUGGUUCCCGUCCGUCUCGGCGACGAUUGGCGACCGGUAUCCCGAGCGAUCCUUCUUCAUGAUCUUCAUCGCCAUCACAUCCGGCCCUCGCUUUGCCCUCGUCGGCCUGUGGUAUCUCCUAACCCGCAAGCCGGGAUCGAAGCUCCCCGGCUUCAUCGCCUCGAUGGGUCUCGUGCGAACCCUCACGUGCGGCGGCUGGACGUACAUUACGUCGACGGAUGACCAUGACUGGCAUGACAUCUUGAUGAUUUCGUACAUUGUCGCCACCCUCCCCUGGACCAUUGGCUGCAUCGCGCUGAGCCCGGCGAACCCCAAGGCCGUCAAGUACCGCAAGUGUCUUGCCGGUGCCUUCUUCGGAACCCUCGUUCCCCUGAUUUUCUUCUUCAUCCGUCACAAGGUCCACCGCGUGGCCGGAGCCUACACCAUUUACGCCUUCUUCGAAUGGUCACUGAUCCUGUUCGACGUCGGCUUCGAUGCCGUCACGGCUCUCGAUUUCGAGACGUUUGAAGUGUCGGUCAGGGAUGUCCAAGGGGCGAGCAAGGGUGCAAACUCCGUCUACGUCCCGUCCGAAGUGAUAGAGAAAGAGAAGGAGAAGUUGACGGGCGGUCUCUUCUCCCUUCGCUUCACCUGGUCCGAGGCACUCGACACCAUGGCCGAUGUUUACCACGGAUAUAUAUUUUGGUCCAUGCUGACCAGCUUGGGACUUGUCGUUUGGUACUUCCCCCUCUGGCACAUGGGCAUCUCGGGCUUCGAGGCCUUUGUUCUCGUGUCCGUCUCGCCGGCCCUCCUGGUCGGCCCGCUCCGAUCUGCCGUCAUCAGCAAUCUCCGAAUCAUCCACGUGCUCUCCUUGGCCGGCGUUGCCGCCUACCUCGUCAUAGAUCCGACCUAUCGCCUGCUCACCGUCGGCUUCGGCGUCGCCCUCGCGACCUUGGGCUGGGUCGGCACGCUGUACUCGGAGUCCUCGCACGAGGCGCGGUUCGAAUCCAAGCUCCUCGGUCUCAUGGUCGGCCUGAUCAUGUCGUCGACGGCCAAGUUUGCCUGGCAGACGAACAACCCGGUUUGGCCGAUCAUGCACGCCGCCAACGGUGGAUGGAACGGCACGGGCCUGGUCCUCGGCGUCCUGGCCGCGCUCCGCUUCACGCGCAAGGCGCCCUUGACGAGCGGCUCGUCGGCCGAGGGAAGGCAAGGGGGCUCCUCGCUCCUCGCCGCCUGCGGCGUCGGCGGCCUGUUCUUCGGCCUCCACUCCCUCCUGUCGGACACGAGCACCAUGAUCCUCUGGGGCUGGGAAGGCUUUCCCAUCCGCGGCCCGUACUUUUCCACCCACGGCUGGUGCACCGUCGCCGCCAUGUCGGCCGGCCUCUUCGUCGGCAUCUCCAAGCCUUCCCUGGCCGGCGGCUGGCUGCCGUACGCCGCCGGCGGCGCGGGCGCCAUGGUGCUGACGUUCUUCAGCCACUGGGUCGGCUACUACGGCGGACUCACCCUCGCCGUCUACCUCAUGGCCGUGUCGGUGCCUCUCAUCGCCACGGCGUCGAAGAGGAGCCCGGCGGUGACGUUUGGGCUGGGAUUUUUCAUCUACAUCUUCCUCGUCCUCUUCCACGUGUGGGUCGUCGCCUACGCCUUCGUGCCGGGCGGACCGCUCGUCCGAGAGCGCACCGACUGGAUCAUGAUGACGCUGAUGGUCCUCCUCGGCCUCGGCGUCUUCAACUUUAACGCGUCGCGGCCCCGGCGGCAGCAGGCUCGGCGGCCGUCGCAGUCGCAGCACAAGAAGUACUUUGCCGUCUCGACGCUCCUCGUCAACAUCGUCUUUCUCUGCGCCGCCUUUAUGCGAUUCCCGACCAACGACUACAAGCCCUACCACGCCAAGGACCGCGUCCUCACGGCCGGCAUAUGGACCAUUCACUUCUCGCUCGACAACGACAUGUGGUCGUCGGAGUACCGCAUGCGCGACCUCAUCAAGGAGAUGGAGCUCGACGUCGUCGGCCUGCUCGAGUCGGACCUGCAGCGCGUCAUCAUGGGCAACCGCGACACGACGCAGUUCCUCGCCGAGGACCUCGGCAUGUACGUCGACUACGGGCCGGGCCCCAACAAGCACACGUGGGGCGCGGCGCUGCUGUCCAAGUUCCCCAUCGUCGAGUCGAAGCAUCACCUGCUGCCGAGCCCCGUCGGCGAGCUCGCGCCGGCGAUCCACGCGACGCUCGACGUCUACGGCGAGCUCGUCGACGUCUUCGUCUUCCACUCGGGCCAGGAGGAGGACCCCGAGGACCGGCGGCUGCAGUCGGAGUACCUCGCCAAGCUCAUGGGCUCGACGUCGCGGCCGGCCGUGCUGCUCAGCUACCUCGUGACGAAGCCGCUCGAGGGCAACUACAAGACGUACGUGGGCGAGACGUCGGGCAUGCACGACAUCGACCCGACCGACUGGGAUCGCUGGUGCGAGUACAUCCUGUACAAGGGCCUCCGUCGCGUCGGCUACGCGCGGGUGAGCCGCAGCACCAUCACGGACACGGAGCUGCAGGUGGGCAAGUUUGUCAUCCCGCAGUCCGGCGCCGAGUCGGCGCAGCUCGAGGCGCGUCCGGCCGAGGAGCGGGACCGGCGCGCGCAGGAGCACGAGGUGCCCGAAGGCUGGCGGUUCCCGGCCAUGUUCAAGGGGCAGGGCGUGAGGGAUCACAGGUAUCACGUGUUUGAGGAACCGAGAUACUUUCACUGA